AUGAAGCAAUCGAAUUCAUGUGGGUUCCCUCACAUACGGGCAUCCCCGGAAAUGAAAAAGUGGAUAUACUGGCCAACGAGGCAAUCACCUCUACCUCAUCCCCAACCAUUACUACUCUUAAAUACCAAGAAGAAAAAAAAAUGUAUAAAUAUGCACACUAACAAUAUGUGGCAAACAUCCUGGGAUGAAAUACCAAUCACAAACAAGUUAAAAUCGAUUAAAAAGAAAAUCACUAAAUGGUAUAUUCAGCCCAAUGCCUCUAGAAGUCUAGACAUUCUGAAAUUAUCAAUACCAGAACAAGAAUCGGUCAUACCAACCUCACCCACAUACAUAUUAUCAUAA